AUGGCGCAGUGGUCGAUUAACAUCGCUGUGGUCGCUGAGCCGUAUUUUGUCUGGCCUAAGAAGGACUGGGUGGCGGACCUUAACGGCUCAGUGGCCAUCAUCCCUUCGGCCGCCGCCGGUACCCCGACCCUUGAAGGUGUCAGGAGGGGUCAGGGGUGCGUAGCAGCACGGUUCGGGGAGUUCGUCGUUGUGGGGGUGUACUUCUCCCCGAACCGAUCUCUCGCCGAGCUCCACAACUCUCUUGCAGAGCUGAGAGCAGUCGUCGUCGGAAGCUAUCCCCUCCCCGUGCUUGUCCUCGGGGACUUCAAUGCCAAGAACUUGGCUUGGGGUUCUCGUCGUACAGAUGUGCGGGGUAGGAUGGUGGAAGACUGGGCUCUGGAGACGGGCCUGGUCGUCCUAAAUCGGGGUUCUGUCCCCACGUGUGUGCGGAUGCGGGGCGAGUCGGUGGUGGAGCGAGUCGUUCGCUAG